CCGCGAUCGCUGACCUGAGCGCAUGACUGUGACAUCACUCCAGUUGUUUGGAGAAGCCGGAAGUGAAUACAGGAAAAUUACAACAAACAGAGCGGGAGACAGUUAGUGGUCCACACGAAGAGCUUGGCAGAGACUGGACUAAAAACUACUGCCGUCUAAUCGUCACACUUCCUCAAGAAGCACCAGCCAGCAGCAGAACCGGAUUGUUAUGUCCAACAUGGAAAAGAAUUUGUUCAACCUCAAGUUUGCAGCCAAAGAACUUCAGCGGAGCUCUAGAUUUAACAGUCAACUCUUGAUUUUUAUUCUCCAGGUCACCAAAUCUAUGGCUGGGGUGGUGAAGGGCAUGGAUGCAACCCUGAAGAGCAUGAACCUUGAGAAAAUUUCAGCUCUAAUGGAUAAGUUUGAGCGUCAGUUUGAAACUCUGGAUGUACAGACGGCUCAGAUGGAGGACACAAUGAGCAGCACCACAACACUCACUACACCACAGGGUCAAGUCGAUGCUCUGAUGAUGGAAAUGGCGGAUGAGGCCGGGCUGGACCUCAAUAUGGAGCUUCCUCAAGGUCAGACAGGAUCAGUGGGAACCAGCGUAGCAUCUGCAGAACAGGACGAUCUCUCUCAGAGACUGGCCAAACUCAGAGACCAGGUUUAAAGAGAACCGGGUGUGUGUGAAAGAGAGAGAUUGUAUAUAUGCGAUUUUGUAAGAAAUAUAUCCCCCCUGGAAAUAUUGUCCUCAUUGUUUAUUUGUGUUUAGUUUUCUUUUUAUGCAGUUGAGGAUGGGUGUGCAGCUUUCAUUGUCCACAAUAACACGCAGGAAACUCA